AUGCUGCCGCCCGGGCAAAAGCAAGUGGUGAAGUCAAAGUCAAAGAAGACCUUGAAGAAGGAAGGCCUGGAUCUUCAAUCUUUGCUAGCGGCCGGAGCGACGACAGGCACCGAGCCGAAAGACCUCCUGACACUGCUUUUGCUGAAUCAGGUGAUGGGGCUGCAAAACCAGAAGAAGAAAAAGAAAAGGCGAGCAGCCUCCUCGUCGGAGCUCCUUGGUGGCUCCAGCUCAGAAGACUCAGAAAGCGAGAAGGAGGCUUUCGACGGCAAGGGCAUGAAGGCUGUGACGUCUCUGCACAGGUUGCACGAGCAGAUCCUCCGAAAGCCGCGCCGUGUUCGAGAGAUCUUCGAGGCCGAGGUGGUCAAGGAACUGGGGAUAGUUUCCGGUCAGGCCUGGACACUGCGAGAUUGGGUAAAGAAGCAAAACUGGGGUCGAUUCAAGGGCUUGUACCGCACUGCAAUUAUGGACGUGGCAGCCUACGAGCAGUUGAGGGCGGGCAAGCACGAAGUGGCCUUGGCACAAUUGAUUCAAAACCUGAAGAGCAAAGUGCAGGCAGUUCUGGCGAACGGCGAUUGGGAGACGGCAUGGUUAUUAACAGGACUGCCGGAUCCUCUGUCGAGGAAAGAAUUCUCCGGAACCAAAGAAGAGAUGGCUGUAAUCUCGGGCUACGUGGAUGCGAUGGCCCGGUUGAAGAAGCGGGUCAAGGAGGCCCAGGGCCAAGGCGACGCCGACGACGACGAGGCAUCCGAAGCUGGUGAGUCGGAAUUCGACAAAGUUUUCUCGUUAUUUGGAUUG